GCGUCGAACGCGCCCAGACACGUCUAAAACCUCAGAAGUUGGUAUGGUGUGGCUGACAUGCAUCUUGAGGUCAUCGGUUCGAUCCCGCAACGUCAAAAGCAACUCUCUCGGCUCGCGAUCAUAAUCAUUCUUAUUCUGUUCGCUGCUGUGCUGGCACGCCAGCUAUUCUCAAAAGCAAGCCCCCAUGACAAACAGCCUCGUGCGCUCAGCCAUCGCACUACCAUCGAGGGACGUUGGAAAGCCGUGCGGGCGUCACUCGGCCUACCUCCUCUCCCCGACACCAUCAACCCAUCAACAGUCAUUGAUUCGCCCCCGUCGCCACCACUUCGCGCAGGAAAACUCCCCUCGCGCUUCGACCUCCGUCGGAAGCGUGCCGAAGCAGACCUUCGGAAUCAGAGUAGGCUUCAACUCGCUGCAGACGUGAGAGAUGCACCCCGCGUGUCACUAGAAGCACUAGCUGCGUCAUUCCGCCGCAUUGCAGCUGUUGAGAAAGAGAUGGCGGGAAUCCGAGGCAAGCAUGAGAAGUCAGGACAGAAGGUUUCACGAGUCCAGAGACGUAUUGAGGAUUGGAGAGCGGACCCAACAAAUGCAAAGAAUGUAUUGGCUACUGUCACGAAUGACUAGAUGAUGCUUGCAGUUGAUAAUCGAGUAAACAUUAUACGAUCGAUAAUGUAGCACAACCACGAUUACUACCACUCCUCCUUGACCGGAACAGGCUCCUUACUCUUCGCCCAUCCAACGAAGUCAUCGAGUAAUGA